AUCACAGUUCACAACCUUCCCCUGCUCGUCGUCGUGAACCGCGGUGUACUCAGUCACAGUGUAUCUUACUCAAUUUUUUCACUAGUCGGAAUGCCUACCUUCUCGUCCAACCCGAUCAGCUCGAACCCCAUCCACAGGACCCUGCGCAAACACCCCUCGUUGUUCGGCCUUCCGUUUCUUCUCAUCAUGAUUGGUGCUUCCUAUGGCUUGCAGACAUUCACCCAGACCAGGUAUGAGUUAGCAGACCAGAAGGUCAAGCAGAUCAACAAGGAAGAGGAGUUGGGUAUGAAGAAGGCUCGAAGGAAGUUUGAUAUCAGGGAGGAAUACUUUAGGUUGAGUUCUGCCCAAGACGAGGACUGGGACAAUAAGCGUAUUCCACGACCUGCAGGACUUCCAGAAUGGGGCGUCCCACCAACGGAGCCUCAAAUACCUCCGCGCUCUUCUAGUUCGAAUUCCAAAGCUUGAACCAUUCCCCAAGUUCAAUUGAAGCGAAUCACAUUCAAGAAGCUGAAUAUAUGGAUUGCUGCUAU